AUGGCGCGCCCCGACUACUGCGAGGGAUCCAAGUUGGCCUACGCCGUUCCUCCGCGCGGGCGCCCCGCCCCGCCCGUCAAGCUUGUGGGCGACCAGUUCGUCAAGGUGUCUGACGGCAGCCCAGUGGCCAUCCAUGGUAUCAACUGGUUCGGCUUCAACAACGGGAUGACGUGGCUCAACGGCCUGUGGGCCGGCGGGAAGAGUGGGAACAGCGACUUUGCAACGAUCGUGUACGAGCUGCAGCUGCUGGGGUUCAAUGCGAUAAGGCUGCCCUACAUCUUCAAAGACCUCAAGGCCCCAUCCACCCAGAUCGGCGGCUACUGCACUGGGGCCCACACCCUGAACGAGCUGGCGGAGCGCACCAUAGACCCGGAGUACAGGGGCCCCAUGAACAAGCAGGCGCCGCAGCCGGUGGUGCCGCUGCCGGACAUCCCAGGGCCCGGCACCUGCAACACCUACAUUCCUGGCGGCCAGACAAUUGACCGCUACAUGUGGAGUGUGCAGUGGCUGAUCGCUAACGGAUGGUACGUCCUGAUCGACAACCACCCCAUGUCGCAGGAGAUGACCAGCCACAGUGCUAAGGACUUUAUUGAUGGCUGGAAGUGGGUGUGGUCAAAGUUCUCGUGCCUCCCAAACUUUGAGGAGGACAUGAAGGGGCGCCUCUUCCUGGACAUUCUGAACGAGCCGGACAGCCAAAGGCAGGGCUGGCAGCCCAACGAGUCUGGCGCGGCUGGCAUGACCGAGCUGUACCUGGGAGUGAUGGACGCCCUGUGGGAGAUGACGCCUGGGCUGCCCAUAUUCUUUGUUGAGGGCGGGGGCCAGGGCGCAUACAAGGGCAUCAACUGGGGCAACGGCUUCAUCACCAACACCACCCUCAUCGAGUCUAUGUCCCACGACUGGACGACACGCAUCACAGACGCAAACCCUUUCUUCAAGGCGCUCAUGAAGAGGCCCUACCUCGACCGCGUCGUCAUCUCUCCCCACGUUUACGGCCCGAGCGUCUCCAACCGCCGCGACGGGAUGGCCGUGGGCCCGACCCUGUGGGAGGCGCUGGACACCUCUUUCGGGUACCUCAACCAGGCAAGGAAUUUUGGGGGGGGGGGGGGCGCUGCGCCAUGGAAGGGGUACUGCGCCGAUGGCACGUGCCACACGUUCCCUGUCGCCAUCGGAGAGUUUGGGUCCCGGUUUGUGGACAAGGAUGACAUGGAGCACCUGCGCGACUUCACCAUGUGGCUGCGCAACGAGGGCCCCGGCAACACCGGCAAGCACCGCCCAGUCGGCAACUUCUUCUACUCCAACUCUGGAGACACCGGCGGCCUGGUCAAGGACACGUGGCACGAGUGGGAGUGGGAGAAGAUCCGGUACCUGCAGCAGCGCUUUGGUCUCAAGCCGUGGUUCGCAGCCUCGGCUGAGUGA